UAUGCGCAAAUUGUACUCUUCUGAUCCGUCAUUCUCCAAGUUUGUCAUCGACGCUUUCACCUUCAUCGAGGAAAACACACAGGUUUUCAUUCACUGUGAGGUGCUCAUUUGUAAUGAUAAUGACCCAUCGUCUCGGUGUUCCCAGGGAUGUAAGUCUAGAUUCAGACGUGGUAGCCGUCACACCCGUGGAGCAAGCUCCACUCCUCAUCUAAUCUCUAAUGGACCUCUUUCAACUGCCCACACUAUGCAUGCCGCAGAAGCACACAACUCUGAUGGUUCGCCCGUCGGUAUGGAAUCAAGCAUUUUGAUUGGAGUGCUCGCGUGUAUCACGUGUUUGAUUGUUGCCACGGUAGCCGGUGUGCUCUACAAAUUACCAGCGAGACGCAUGUCCAACAUUUAUACCAUCGAGGCAUCGAGUGAAGGUCAACGAAAAUUAUAAAUAAAGUUGAAAUAUCAGUUAUCAAAGAGAAUGUUGAGUUAUGGGAAUAGUGAUGUGUUAAUAUAAUAAUAUGUUAGUACAAUAAUAUCGUAGAGACUUUCGAAAAAUCAACUUAUUAAUGCAAUUUCAGUAUUACCCUGUCAUAUACCUUUUUCAACGCGCGGACAUUGCAAUGACGUGUUACUUAAUUCGAUCAUGAUUUCUAUGAGAUGUACAACAGGGUAUUGAAAUUCCCCGUGAGUUAAUUUUGUUUAAAUCCGCAUUUCUCACUUUCCAACCAUGUGUAAAUGGGUACCUGGUAAUUGCUGGAGUAAUAAUGAAUGCAGGGCCCUCAUGAAGGGCCUUGAUGCCGAUGAGGCUACCUGAGUAUUAUUGUUAUUAUUAUCAUUAUCAUUUUAAAUUUACUAUUAUUAUAG